GUUUUACUUCUUACUGCCGCCAUAAUUUAGUUUUCGCAUCAAAAUAAUUUCCGUUUUUUCAUUAACCCAUCUACAUUAUCCGCUGCAGUAGUUUGCUGUGCUUUUAUCCAACCUUCGGGAAAAUAGCCUGACAUCCAUUGCCCAAAGAUUACUCAUUAGUUUAAAAAAGCUGUGGCUGUGGACUACCCCCGUUUUCAUUAGAUAAAAUAUUGUCAACAAACUUGGUCUUACGCCUGAGCAAUUAUGAGUAACAUGAAUAGCGAGCAGAAUGAUAAACCACCAACUCGGCGACUUGGUGUCACAAUGCCUAUCUCUGAAGCCUAUCCAACUCCAGAAGACCAGGAAAGCACAGAGAAGCUCAUUCAAACAUUGAAGGAUCAAGGACUAUUUGAGUCAGAGGAGGAGAGCAAGCGAAGAGAGAUUGUACUUGGAAAGCUGGACAAGAUGGUUAAAGAAUUUGUAUACACUAUCAGUCUACGUAGGAACAUGCCAGAAGCAAUUGCCAGAGAAGCCGGAGGCAAAAUUUUUACUUUUGGAUCGUACAGGCUUGGUGUUCAUGGAUCAGGUUCCGAUAUUGAUACACUUUGUGUUGUUCCAAGGCACGUGCAGCGAGAAGACUUUUUCGAAGAAAUGUAUGACAUGCUACGCCGACGACCAGAGGUCACGGAGCUCACGGCUGUACCAGACGCCUACACACCAGUUAUCAAAAUGAAGUUCUCGGAUAUCCCAAUCGACUUGACAUUUGCAAGGCUUGGAUUAUCGAGUAUAGCGGAUAGCCUCAGUUUGUCAGAUGACAGUCUACUUAGAAAUUUGGAUGACCGUUGCAUUCGAUCUGUUAACGGAUCUCGAGUAACAGAUGAAAUUCUCCGACUUGUCCCAAACAUUACAUCUUUUCGUAUGGCUCUUCGUUGUGUUAAACUUUGGGCUCAGCGCCGUGCAGUUUAUUCAAACAUGAUGGGGUUUUUGGGCGGUGUUGCAUGGGCUAUGUUGGUAGCAAGAGUCUGUCAGCUUUAUCCUAAUGCCUGUGCCGCCACUAUUAUAUCGCGUUUCUUUUCAAUUCUUCAUCAAUGGCCAUGGCCACAGCCGGUGUUGCUGAAGCCCAUUGAAGAAGGACCCUUGCAGGUUCGUGUCUGGAAUCCUAAACUAUAUCCCGCUGAUAAGGCCCAUAAAAUGCCCAUCAUCACACCGGCCUACCCUUCUAUGUGCUCAACGCAUAACGUAACUGAUUCGACUAAAGCCGUCAUGUUAAAUGAAUUUAAAAGUGCGGCGGAGAUUGUGAACAGGAUUAUGGUUGAGCGCAUUCCUUGGUCAACCUUAUUCGCAAAAGACGAUUUUUUCUCGCGCUACAAACAUUAUCUUCAGGUGAUCGCUUCUUCAGAUUCCGAGGAGCGCCAUUUGCGUUGGUCUGGUUUUGUGGAGUCGAGGAUACGACAUCUGGUGACCAAACUAGAGCGUGUUGAGAACUUGGUCCUAGCACAUCCCUACACUAAGGGCUUCGAGAAGGUAACUCAAUACAGGACAGCAGCUGAGAAAGAAGAUGCGGCACAUGGAAUUAUCCGUCCGUCCACUGAGGAUCGAGCAGAUUCUACGCAGGACGCAAGCGAAUGCAAUACAAUGUAUACAGCGACAUAUUACAUUGGCCUUUCCAUUCCAGCUCGUGAAGCUGGAUCAACUGGUCAUCGAAAAAUGGACUUGUUCCGACCAAAAGAUGAGUUUACAGAAAUGGUCAAAUCUUGGGAUAAAUAUGAUGCUCAAUCUAUGGGAAUCGUGGUGCAGCAUAUUCGCAGUUGUGCACUACCACCGGAGCUAGUUGAUGAAGUAGAUCAGAAGAAAGGGAAGCGAUCCAAAUCGGGCAAGAAAUCGGCUGCUGUGGAUGCUAGACCGCCAACAAAAAAGCGCCGCAGCUCUGUCGGACAAAAUGGCGUCCAGUCCCAUACUGUUUCUGGCGGCUCUGCGGACAAUAUUAGCACUCUCCCUGCUGUCCCGUCCCCUAUCAUUAAAGCCGAUGUAUCCACGACAAACACGGCCAUCGUUCCACAAGCUUAAGACUCAGAAAGUGUGUGACAUACUUCCUUUGGAUGAUGACCAGCAAAGCCUUCUUGUCUUUAUCUUUUUUUUCCUUUUCUUUUCUAUUCCUUUUUAUUUUUUUACUUUUUUUAUUUUUUUUCUGCGAUUGACGUUUGUUUGUUUUUAUCCUGGCUCUGAAGAAAAAAGAAAGAAAGAAAGAAACGAGAUAUUGUGCAGGACGACUUUCCCUUUGCUAUUCUGGGGAAACCUUUAACAUUUAGAUUAUUCAGGGAUGCCAUUUAGGUUUUUUGGCGUCCUCAGAGUAAGUGACCUACUUCAAGUAUCAAUGAUAACAGGGACUGUCAAUAACAAUAAUUGCUGAAGCAUUGUAGAUCUUAUUGACGAUAGCUUUGGAAACCCUCCUCAUAGUUUUUUUUUUCUUUUUUCUUUUAUUUUUUACAUUUUUGAAGGCCUGC